CGGUUUUAAUAUUGCUGCGGUUUAUCAUAAGAAACGGUAUUUCGGCUGUUGUACUGUUUGUGUAUGCAUACGCGCGUAUUGUACUGAUUAGUAUUUGCUAAAAAGUUAUUUGCUUUUGGAUUUUCGUCGGAAUCAGGAUUUUUUCGACUACCAUAAUCUCCCUAUAUUCGAGAAUCCCUGUUGAACGAAUUGUUUUCAGAAAGACGAAUCAUUCACACGAGUAUUUGCCUGAGUACGAGAUACUAACGAGCGGAACAUGCCCUAAUCUCAGUGGGAAUCUCACUAGCUGCUGCUGUUCACAUUUAUGAUCCGUUUCGCAAGUUUACGGGAACGCUAUCUUAUCCAGGAUUACUUAUGAAAUUUAUCGAAUGAUUCAGUCUUUCUAUCCAACAGUCUGGAAUAUCUGUGGAAAUCUGCGGCGUAAAGUUAAUUUAUUGGGGCAAUGUCGGGCAGACGUCGUCCGGGACAGCGGUAUUCCGCCGAGGACCAGGCCCUUUCGUCGAUUACACGAGAGGCGGAAAGUCGCUUGCAAGCCAUGAAAGCCACUCGUGCAGAAUAUCGCUCAGCUAGGAUGAAGGAAAUUGAAAAACAGCAGCGCGAAAUGGAUGACGAUCACGGCGCCGAUUCAUCCUCCCGGUCUUACCGAACAUCCAUGCCAUCCACUUUGCCGCCUCCGAGUUCCAGUCGAGUUCGCUACACUGCUUCUUACGGCUCUCGGAGGGGCAGUAGUGAUACCACGACAGAUGCUGACAAAGAUCUGAGGGAUCGUUAUAAUGAAGUCCAGGAAAAGCUGAAACAAGCCACACUGAAUAAUGCUCAACUUGACAAUGAGAAAGUCUGUUUGAAAUUUGAACUGGAGAAUAUUAAGGAUGAUAUGGAAGAGAUAGACGAGAAGCACAUUAGUUUGGUGAAGGAACAUCGGAAAAAGUGCACGGAACACGAGUUGCUUAAACGCGAUUUCGAAAAACUGCAAAGAGAUUUGGAGGCUGCCAAAUAUCAACUGGAUGUUCGAGAUCGUUUAAUUGCCGAGAACAACUUGGUGCUAGUCGGUGAGGAGAAGCCGAACGACGAGGAGGAGGACGAAAGUAUCAGCAGUAAUGCUUCGGGAAGUACUCCCAAACCAAAGCAGAAGCCUGCGCUAAUUACCAAAGAAGCUGCGGAUAUCCUUAAAGACGCGGGAGAAGGAUCUCUGGAUAAGAAGCUAAAGAAAUUAUCUGAUGAGAAACAGGAACUGACGGAUCAGCUUCACCGUUUGAAGUUAGAUUACGAGGAGGAGAAAGCUCGCGGUGCUGGACGAGAUCUGAUUGGCAAAACGCUUCAGCUCAAUGGACCGGAUUCGAAUAUAGUUGCUGCAGCCCAAAAGGAAGCAGCCCAGAAAGUCAACGAGUUCAAACUGAAGCUGCAAAAGGCGGAACAGGACAACAGUACUUUACAGGCUACAAUAAACCGGUUAGAAGGCCAGGUGAAACGUUUCAAGACUGCUGCUGAAAAAGCGGAAGCAUCCGAAGAAGAGCUGAAAGCUGAGAAGCGUAAACUUCAGCGUGAGCUUCGGGAUGCCCAAGUCAAAGCCGAAGAAUCGCAGAAUUCUUACAACCACCUGCAAAAACGCUUGGACAAGCUUAAACAAUCCAAACUGGCGGUGAUGUCUGGGGGCAAUAAGGAUGAAUAAGGAGCGCCUACUGAAAUCCUUCGAUGGUGAUGAUAUAACGCAGCUGAUUCCUCUUUGGUGCCUUAUUUGCAUAUGGAUAAUGGAAAGCGAUAUUUUUGCAUUGAGCGAGCAGAACAGCCUGCUGCGCAGUAAUGGUGAAACGAGUUCUUUCGUUGCCGUUGUGCCUGUCGAAUGGUCCACGCCGCGCCUAUUUAUGGUGUUCAUGGACUGCCGAUUUGUUCAUUUAAUAUCGUACAUAAUUUUAGAACUACAGUUUUAUCAGUUCUAGUCCACUUGUGAACCUUUUUGAAUGGUUGUCAUGUUCUUUCGGCUUGGUGUUUAACGGCUGAUGCUGUGGGGUGUUUAAUGGGCUGCUGCUGCCUUGAAGCGAGGAUACAUAUUCUGGCACUGGUUUUUAUUUUUACUUUCGUAUUUUCAACGACUAAUUUUUACUUUUUUUAGCUGUUUAUUCGAUGACUGUGUUCACUUGCCAGUUUGUAAAGGAUAAGCAUCUGUUUAAUAAAAAAUCGCUGUCAA